AUGGAGGCCCUUCAGCAUGCAGAGAUGCAUGUUUUCCGCCGACAGAAUAGCGCAGACAAUACGGGCUCCAACGCGGGCGGUGGCUCCUCCUCGCUCUCCGGAUUAGUCUCGACUCUGGUUCCUGUGCUCCUGAUCUCGACAGCCAUCUUCGUGGCUUUCCUGCUGUUCCGCAAGCGCUACUCGCGCGUCUAUCAACCGCGUACAUUCCUCGGGUCUUUGCGAAACUGGCAGCGCUCGCCUCAACAGACAGACGGUGUCCUAGGAUGGCGUCAGCAGUACAACAAGCUGACUGAUGAGUUCGUGCUCGGGGCUGCGUCGCUGGACAAUUAUCUAUGGCUUCGCUUCUUCAAGAUGCUGACACUGAUGUGUCUCGUUGGCUGCUGCAUCACAAUGCCUAUCCUGUUCCCAGUCAACGCAACAGGAGGCGCACCAGGCAUCUCGGGCCUGGAGAUCCUGUCCUUCAGCAAUAUCGUUCCUGGUCCUCGAUACUACGCGCAAGUGUUCGUAUCGUGGCUCUUCCUCGCCUGGGUCAUGUUCUUGAUCACACGCGAAUCGAAGUUCUUCGUCAGGCUGCGGCAACGAUAUUUCCUCUCUCCCAACGAACGAACCCGCAUCUCGACCAGAACACUCCUCUUUGUAAACGUCCCAGAGGAAGCUCGAAAUGAGGAACACAUCAGAUCAGAGUUUGCUGGCGUCAAGAAAGUGUGGCUCGUCAACGUUCCAGAAGAACUUGCGCAAAAGGUCGAAGAUCGGGACAAGGCCGCCGGCAAGCUCGAGUCCGGGGAGAUCAAGAUGAUCAAGAACUACAUCAAGCGCGAAACAAAGGCAGAGAAGAAGGGCAAGGCUCAGACGCGUACUGAUCCUGAGCAAGGUGUUCGUCUUCAAGUUGAGCAGAAAGAUCGUCCCCAGCAUCGCCUGCCGAAACUCAAGGUUCUUCCUCUCGGCAAGAAAGUCGAUACAAUUGACUGGGCUCGUGCCGAACUACAUCGCUCUGUUCCUGAGAUCGCUGCUGAGCAGAACAGACUUCGCACCGAUACCUCGCAGCCCCAAGGUGCUUGCUUUGUGGAGUUCGAAUCCGUCCAAGCCGCUCACGCUGCACUGCUACAAUCCACCAAUGUUAGCAAGAAAGAGAAGGUCAAGAAACAGAUCAAGAUGACACCAAAGGAGCUUGGCCCUCCUCCUCAAGAUGUGAUCUGGAAGAACAUCAUCAAGCCGUUCUGGAAGGUCAAGGCUUUCAACGCCGCCGGGACAGCCUUUAUCUGGUUCUUGUGCAUUUUCUGGACCAUCCCAGUUGCAGUAAUUGGUGCCAUCUCGAACAUCAACAACCUCACUGAGCAGGUCCCAUUCUUGAGCUUCAUCAAUGACAUUCCUCCCGUCAUUCUCGGCGUCGUCACUGGUCUCCUGCCGGUGCUUUUGCUGUCCAUCCUGAUGUUGCUCGUGCCAAUCAUCUGCAACAUCAUUGCGAAGCAGUUCGAGCCAACGCAAGGAUCUGCACAGAUGAAGGUGCAAAGCUGGUACUUCCCAUUCCAAGUCAUCCAAGUUUUCUUGGUUACGACCUUCUCCUCAGGCGCGGCGUCAGUUGCAGGACAAAUUGUCUCGGAACCGACUUCAGCACCGGCGCUUCUCGCGACCAAUCUGCCCCGGGCGUCCAAUUUCUACAUCAGCUAUUUCAUCUUGUUUGGACUCAUGACAGCUGCAAUGCAAUUCUUGAACGUUGUGCCGUUGCUGUUCGCGAUCAUUCUAGGCAAAAUCCUGGACAAGACCCCAAGAAAGAUGUACAAUCGCUAUGUCAACUUGGCUGGCCUGGGAUGGGGAUCGCUUUAUCCCAAAUUCACAAAUUUGGGAGUCAUCGCACUCGCAUACUCGGGCAUCGCCCCACUCGUCCUGGGGUUCGCGACUGUGGGCUUCUUUCUGCUUUACCUCGCAUUCCGAUACAACGUCCUGUUCACUCUGGGCACCAAUGCCUCCACCCGUGGCGCUUCGUAUGCUCGCGCUUUGCAGCAACUCACUACAGGCAUCUACCUCUCUGAGGUGUGUCUGAUUGGACUUUUCGCAAUCGGCAUAGCCUCAACAAACCAGGCAAUCGGCCCACUCGUCCUCAUGGUCGUGUUCCUUGCUGCUACAAUCGCCUGGCACAUUUGGCUCCGCCGCUCCAUCAAUAAGAUGGAAGCCGAAAUGCCGGAAGACUCCAUCAACCCAUCUGCUCCUGCAGCCGCAGGUGAGAUCGGUCACGACGAUGCGAGCGACAUUGAGAAGGUCCACGGAUCCAUUGAUGCAACCAACGGCCAACCUCUUGCCGCAAAGAACGAAUACGAGAACCCAGCUCACAACCCUGUCCCGGCCGCAAAGCAGGAUACCAGCCUCUUGGGCCCCAUCAAAGCCUACUUCCUCGCCUCCCCAGACGAUGCAGCACGCACUGCCCUCGCUCAAGUCUCCCCCAAUCUCAGCGAGCCUGUUCGACCUUACACUCCUCAAGAACACCACGAGGCAUAUCUCCAUCCUGCCAUCAUCUCUCCUUGUCCUAUCAUUUGGAUCGCGAGAGAUAAGUAUGGAUUGUCGAAGCAGGAGAUCGCUCUGACUAGAGAGGGACAAGGUGGCGAAGGGUAUGAGAUGACGGAUGAGGGUGCAGUGUUCAACGACAAGGGCAGGAUUGAGUGGAAUCAGGACGAUGCAAAGCAGGCGCCAAUCUGGAAGGAUGAGCCGCUGUACUAG